CGCCAUCUGCGAAAUUGCCUGCCCACGCCCGGUCGGGUGUGUCGGCGGGCCGGGGGCAAGAGAGAGGAGACAAUUCCCAGGCGGAUUCGGGCAUUGUGGCAAUUAGUUGGGUUGCCGGACGGACGGCUGCUGCCGGGGCUGAGUGGAAAAAGGAGAGUGUUCGUGGCUGCUUGCUUCAUUUGCUGCACUGGCAUCGAGCAGGACGAUCCCGAUCUCAAGCCCCCCAACGCCGACCGGCGAGAAGCAAUUAAGCCUGACUCUCGGCCCACAGUUGGUGUGCAGAACUAG